UCAAGCCUGACAAGCUGAGUUCACACCCCACAGUGUAAAGAGAAAACUGACUCUUCUGUUGUCCUCUGGCAUGUGCCAUGGCCCAUGUGCUUACACACACACACACACACACACACACACACACACACACACACACACACACAAUUUGGGGGGGGGAAUUAGUAGUCCCCUAAGGAAUGACACCCAGAAUUAUCCUUGGCCUGUACACACACAUGGACAGACAUACACGGACACACCCAUCCUACAGAAACACAUAGAGCAAAGGAGCCCAGCACCUGUCCAGUUCUGCUCUCUGCCUCCAGUGGUGGCCACCAUGAGGGACCUGGGGAAGAAGGAGCCAUUGGAGGCAGCUGCUGGAGAGGCUCUGGGGAAGACACUCAGCGUGGCCCAGCUGGACGUGUGCAGUGACGAGUCAGUGGCUAACUGUCUCAGCCACAUCGAGGGAGGCCGAGUGGAUGUGCUGGUGAACAACGCAGGAGUCGGCCUCGUGGGGCCCCUGGAGGAACUCAGCCUGGCUACUGUGCAGAACGUGUUCAACACCAACUUUUUUGGGGCUGUCCGUCUGGUCAAAGCUGUGCUUCCAGGCAUGAAGAGGAGGCGACAGGGACACAUCGUGGUGGUCAGCAGUGUUAUGGGGCUCCAGGGUGUCAUGUUCAACGAUGUCUAUGCAGCCUCCAAGUUCGCCCUGGAAGGAUUCUUCGAGAGUCUCGCUAUCCAGCUGCGACAAUUCAAUAUCUUCAUCUCAAUGGUGGAGCCAGGUCCAGUCGCCACUGACUUUGAAGGAAAACUCCUGGCUCAGGUUUCCAUGACGGAGUUUCCAGACACUGACCCUGAAACCCUGGGCUACUUCCGGGACUUGUACCUCCCAGCCUCCAGGGAGCUCUUCCGCUCUGUGGGACAGAGCCCAAGGGAUGUGGCCCAGGUCAUUGCCAAGGUCAUCGGUUCUGCCAGACCCCCACUCCGCAGACAGACCAACGCUCGCUACCUCCCACUGACGGUGCUUAAGGCCAUGGACCCCUCUGGAAGCCUGUAUGUGAGAACUGCCCACAGGCUCCUUUUCCGCUGGCCUCACCUUCUCAGCCUUGGUCUUCGAUGCCUGGCCUGUGGCUGCCUCCCAACACGUGUGUGGCCUGGAUGAGCGGAGCAGAACUGACCCUUCCCACCCUGGGCAGCAGGGUUCUGCCCCUAGAGCAUACAGACUC